AUGAAGAAGCUGUACCAGGGGAAGGGCCGCCGGGUGCACCCGGCGCCCGCGGACGCCGCGGCGGCGGCGGCGGCCGUGGCGCUGCCUGCCGCCGUCCUGGCCCUGGCGUCAGCGCUGACAGCGGAGGAGCAGGAGGUGCUGGCCUACCUCCUGUCCUGCGGCGGAGCGGCGGGGGGCCGCCCGCGCCGCCGCCGCGGGCCCCACCCGCCCGAGAUGGGAUGCGGCUGCUUCGGCUGCUACAAGAGCUUCUGGGCGCGCUGGGACGCGUCCCCUAACCGCCACCUCAUCCACCGCAUCAUCGACGCCGUCGAGGAGGGGGGCGGCGGAGGAGGAGUAAGCGGGGGCCCUGCGCGCCGCGGUCCGUCACGCCGCCGGCGCCGAGGCCGCCGCAGCAGCGAUGCGGCCGACUACGAGGACGCCGCGGACGCCGGAGAGGUGGACGCCAGUGUGGACCACCACCACCAGGGCUGCGACGGCGGGAUGGACCACCACGGCGAGUACGAGGGCGACGGCGACGACGAGGAGGAAGAGGCGGGCAGCAGCAUGGACGGCGACGAGGAUGACGCGUCGGUGGCCAGCGAGGGCGACGGCUGCGGCGGCAGCGCCGAGAAGAGCACGGUGGGGAGGCUGGUGCGCUUCAUCGGCGAGAAGGUCUGGGGUGGCUGGAACUAA